ACAGUAAAACAUGCGAAAAAUAAUCUAAAAUUGUUAAUUUCAAUGGCAUGUUUUUGCCAUAGGUUUAAAUAACCAUCCUUUUGUAAAAUAUCAAAAUGAAGAAAAAAUGUUACAUGUUAUUUUAAUCUUUGGAGUAUUUCUGAUGGAUCAAGAUGUUGGUACAUGACGUAAAACUGCUUUAUGGCCUGUUCCUAUUAAUUCGUCAAAGUUGUGGGCUAUGUACUUAUCCAAGUGACUUACGAGGAACAUGGUACGACAGUGUUUAUGGGACUAUCGGCUUUACAGAUUCUUCUAUGAACAUGCAGACGAAAGCAUUCGUUACGGGUUUCACCAAUACAAACUUUACUUGUCAAAUAAAUAAUGGAGAUCUGUAUGUAUCAAAAAGUGUUGAGGCUGUCACGCUAGGUAUUCUGGGUGGUUUUACUGUUAAUGUAUGGAUAUGUUUUGAAAUAAAAUCAUUAACGACUUCAUCAUUCUAUUAUUACCUCAGAUCAAAGGAUCAAGACAAUUUGAAUUUUGGCGAUGUAGUCCCCGUUGCAACAACGGUUUCGACUGUAACAGAAGCAGAUGUAUGUAAUACGUCGCCAGGAGUCGGUGAAUUCCAUAUGAUAGUAAAUCCUGCUUCGUCAAAAGAAGGAUUAAGUGCUGUUCCUGUACCUUUGCUUGGUGAUUUUACCUAUUCCAUGAACUUUGGAACCGAUUCAUCGCAAUGUGGAGCAUCUGCUUUCUGGGAAAGUUGUUCUAAUACAACUAUUAUCACUCUAAAUAAUACUGCCUGUGGAAGUCAGUUCGUUGGAUAUUCAGCUUCUGGAUCAUUAGGUUGUAUCAUAUCAGUGCAAGAUACAACAAGUACCAGUGUUUACUACGUAGGGGUUUACAACUUUGAUUCUACGGUCAAUGGAGCGUCAACAAAGCGAUUUACGUGUUUCACGGUGGAAUAUGAUACAAAUAUUACAAUGGUCAGUCAAAGUCCAAAUAAAUGUUCAUCAGGUUCCAGUCCCACGGUUCUGCCUACAGAUGGUGCUCUUCUUCAACUCACAACUGUCAGUAAGUUGGUAAAAAUACAAGUAUAUUGAUUUCAAAAGAUUCAAUAUAUUGUUUUUCCCUUAAGUUUCAUUUUUAAUUUUAACGCAGCAUAAAAUUAAAUAAAAAAAUGUCAAAAAUUGUCAUUUUUGAAAUAUGGUAUGUUUGAAGAAUGUAUCAUAUUCAGAAAAUCAAAGAUGACUGUUUGAUACGUUAUGCCUCGUAACUUUUAGUCAGUAUCACCAACGAAUAGAUAGGGUAAAUAUUGCUUUAUGCAUAGGUCGGAAGGAUAAAAUAAGGGAAUAUGAAAAGAAAUUAAAUUUAAAGGAAAAACUAUUUGUUAUUAACAGAACAAAAGAAUAGACCUGAAAGGGACUUGGUUCAGCGAGUGUCAGUGAUAUAAACAUUGAUUUCUGCAACAAUAGUUUGAUUCAAAAUUUUAUAUAUUACGCUAUUGUUUCUGUUACGAUUGUUGGCUUACAUUCCGCCGAUAUAUUACAUUUAGUAUAAUUGAAUAUCCAACUUUUCUUGGGCUCCUACUUUUGUUUUUACAGUUCGGGGUGUACUGUUUAAUUUACUUGUACAGGAAAAACGAGAGUAGCAGUUGUACCCUUAUAUCAUUCAAAUAUUGUUGUACUUAGUUAUGAUCU